CAUCCCUUGAGACCUAAGCUUCGAACGCUUAUAUGUAAUAUCAAUCUCAAUCUCACCAGCUUCACUACGCUAGACCUUCCUAGUUAAAAUGAUGUACCAUUUCAGCGUCGCAGAACUCGGUAGGUAGAUGCAGGUCAGUUCUCCACAUUGCUCAAGGCUAUUGGGCCAUUUCAAUAGCACAAUGGAGCUCUAAGCAGUCUAAAACCGGGCAUUCCAGCCCUACGCCGGGAACUACUCGAUGUGGUAAUGCGGACCACCACGGUACAAAAGCUCUCGUGGCAUUCAAGUCGACCAGUACUAUAUCAACUUGAAACCCACUUUUCAAUCAAUCUACAUCAUACUUCAUCCAGCUCACUCUCCUCUUGCUGUCUCUCUUCUCAAUAGAACUCUUCUCAUCUUGGAGAGACGCUCAAGAUUAGAUCUCGACCAUGUCGUCUUCCACAGUCAAGCUCAACAGCGGACAUGAAAUGCCCCUCGUCGGCCUCGGCCUCUGGAAAGUCGACGGAGCCGUCGCCCCCGACCUCGUCUACGAAGCCAUCAAAACCGGCUACCGCUGUUUCGACGGCGCCGCGAUCUACGGCAACGAGAAAGAAGUCGGCCGCGGCUUCGCGCGCGCCUUCAAAGACGGCCUCGUCACCCGCGCCGACCUCUUCAUCGUCUCGAAGCUCUGGUGCACCUUCCACGACCCAGCGCACGUGGGGCCCAUCCUCAAGCGCCAGCUCGCCGACCUGCAGCUCGACUACCUCGACCUCUACUACAUCCACUUCCCCUUCGCGAUGGCCUACGUCGACCCCGCCGUGCGGUACCCCAGCGCGUGGAGCGACGAGUUCGCGCCGGGCACCGCGACGCUCGAGGCGACGUGGCACGCGAUGGAGGACGUGGUUGCGCAGGGCCUGGUGAGGAGUAUUGGGGUCAGCAACUAUAAUGGGCAGACGCUUAGCGAUCUUUUCAACUAUGCGAAGAUCAGGCCCGCGGUGCUGCAGAUAGAGCACCAUCCGUACCUGACGCAGGAGCCGUUGGUGAAGUUUGCGAGGAGUAAUGGUGUGCAGAUCACGGCGUAUAGCUCGUUUGGGUCGUUGAGCUUUCUCGAGCUGGAUAACCCCCGCGCGAAGAACGCGGUGCCGUUGACGGAGCAGGAGGUGAUUAAGAAGGUGGCGGCGGCGCACGAGAAGACGCCGGCGCAGGUGUUGUUGAGGUGGAGUACGCAGAGGGGCGUGGCGGUGAUUCCGAAGAGUAGUAAUAAGACGCGGUUGGAGCAGAAUUUGGAUGUAACAGGGUUCACGCUUUCGGAGGAGGAGAUUGAGGCGAUUAGUGGGUUGGAUAAGGGGCUGAGGUUUAAUGAUCCGCUUGAUGAUGGGGUUGCUAUUCCUGUGUUCGCCUGAGGAGGGAUUGGUGUUGUCGAGAGAUUCUGAGCGAAAGCUAGAGGAUUACUUACCACAUAGAAAAGGCCUAGAAUAUGGUUAGAAGUUAGUAAGUACGCUGUCCAAACCUUCCCUCUAUCCUCUCCGAAGAACUGUUGUGUAUGAGUCCAAGACGAGUUGAGUGAUAAACAAGCGGUCCGAAAGGGGGUUGGAUGUUAUACGCUGAGGCAUGCGGAGGACGUCAUGUGGGUUAAUGUUAACAAGAGUUACGAAUCUAACCGUGUGAAAUCGAUUUUGAUAGACGCGGCGUGCACACCGCGUGGACCCAUCGUAGUUCAAUAAUCUUACGCGACCAACUG